AGCGAAAACUUCAUAACAAUGAUUUAUUUGGUUGUCUUUUCAUACUAAAUUAAAGCAAGUUUCAAGUUUUUUUUUUUUUUUUGCCUUUCCAUUAGCUUUGAGGUAGUCAGCAAUGGUCAAAUAACUAACCGAGAAUAUAUCUGAAAGUUCUCGAACUGUUUUUCUUGGAUUUUCUUCGACUAAAGCUCGAAGAACACCAUAAUCAAGGGAACAAAUCCUUCCAUGACCAUCUCUGUCUUCAAAUCUGAAGUCUCUCUUUGGAAGUUCUUUGAACGAUCGUUGAACGGCGCAAUCGCUCACUAUGCGAUCAUGCCAAACUUCUCUAAUUGAUACUGGUCGUUCCGACUCUUCUCAACUCUUAAAACGAACACAUUUUUGUUUGGAAGGUGAUUAAUAGGUUUCCACACCCCUACAAAAGAAUAAAUCCUCUAACGUAAACAUUUGGUUAUAUAAAGGGUUAAUAUAAAGAAAAUAUGAAGUGUUGUAUUAUCUUCUGGUCAGCCUAUUAUCUCUGAAGUAUAAAGGAGAAGCUGCUUCUCCUCAAAGUGUAAAGAAAGAAUACUGAAGUUCUGAAAAACACAAUUGGUAUCAGUUUAUUAGUGCCACUCCAAUUUGACGAAUCCGCUCGUAUCUCUUGACUCUUUUACAAGAUAACCUCCCUUUAUUUACGACUUGUGCAAACCCUCUACUGGGCUGGUUAGCUUUAAUUCCAUCACUGCUUUUGAUCGGGCGCUCGCUCAGAAGUGAUCAAACAACCCCAAACGGUUCUUUUCAGUCGAGGUCGGUACCAGACAGUUCCGUCUUCCGUUUACUUUCCGAUAGAAACGGCCAUUCGUGGGAUUAUAUUUAUAAUAUGAUCAUGAAAUCUUGUGCCAUCCAUCGAAGUGGGGUGACACUUGUAUGGUAGUACCCUAAUUUAUUUGUCAUCUUACCUACCUACCAAGAUUUCUGUCUGUCUCCCUAAAAGCUCAGUACUGUUGAUUUUAUCUUGGGAUAUAGAUAAAAUCGAUAGAUUUUCGCUAUUAUGGAUUUUUCAGCGGACAUUUCAUCAAAAAUGUUUCCAAUAAAGAAUUGAAAUACUUCUUUCUUAAUUAUUUAACAAACGAAGCAAUAAAAUCAUGUGUUAAGUCUUUAUAGGACUUAUUAACAUUUGUUUGAUUUUUAGAAUUAUGGUUUUGAAAUAAUUUUGUUUUCUUCCAUCAACGCCUCCUUGGACAUUGCUCCUAAUCGCAUAAGGAAAUAACAGCUUUCCGAAAGUCUUUUUAUUAUUAAAAUGUCGAAUUUGGAAGAACGGUUGCGGCCGGGGUCGGUGGCGAAGGGCUACGUCGAGAUCGACGGGAUGAUCUGCGCCGAACUGGAGAAGGAAGAGGAGGCCCCCCCGGUCGAACUCAACACCUGCCCUCCGGACCCCAGGUUCCAGCAGGCCAACAAGACCAAGUGGUGUUACCGCAUGUUCAUCGACUUCCACAGGUGUUCAUAUUUAUUAGGCGAAGGUAACCAGAAUUGCCAAAUGUUUGAAAAAUGUUACAAGUGUCUCUGUCCACAUGAGUGGGUAAAUACUUGGAAUGAGCAAAUCGAAAAUGGAACAUUUCCAAGAGAUUUGACCAAAGAAAUGGGCAAAUAAAAUUAAUCAGUUUAAAAUUUCAACAACUGAUUUUCUUCUUCUUCAAAAUAAAUAUAAAAAAUACAAUAACUUCUUCCUUAUUUUCUAUGAUUUUAAAUUUUUGAUCACUAUUAAAGGUAAUGGUACUGGUACAGGAAGGGGGUCGGACAAGUGGGCCUGUAUUAUUCAAGCAAAUAAAAUCAUGAAAUAUU